AUGUCUUCUUCUCACUUCUUAGUGUUGCUCCUUGGAGUGGCACUAUUUGCCACUCAAUCAACUCUGGCUGAUUAUUCUACUAAGCCUCCGGUGUAUCAAAAGCCACCACCAGAGGCUCCCAUUUACAAGCCUCACCCUCCUCCCGUGGUUGAGAAGCCUAAGCCUCCACCAACUCCAGUUUACGAGAAACCUCCUCCAGUGGAGAAGCCUAAGCCUCCACCAACUCCAGUUUACGUAAAGCCACCCCAUGUUGAGAAGCCUAAACCUCCACCAACCCCAGUUUAUGUUAAGCCACCCCAUGUGGAGAAGCCUAAGCCACCACCGACCCCAGUUUAUGUUAAGCCACCCCAUGUGGAGAAGCCUAAGCCACCACCAACUCCAGUUUACGUGAAGCCACCACCAGAAGAGAAGCCUAAGCCACCACCAACCCCAGUUUACGUGAAACCACCUCCAGUAGACAAGCCUAAGCCACCUCCCACCCCAGUUUACGUGAAGCCACCCCAUGUGGAGAAACCUAAGCCACCACCCACCCCAGUUUACGUGAAGCCACCCCAUGUGGAGAAGCCUAAGCCACCACCAACUCCAGUUUACGUGAAGCCACCACCAGAAGAGAAGCCUAAGCCACCACCAACCCCAGUUUACGUGAAACCACCUCCAGUAGACAAGCCUAAGCCACCACCCACCCCAGUUUACGUGAAGCCACCCCAUGUGGAGAAACCUAAGCCACCACCCACCCCAGUUUACGUGAAGCCACCCCAUGUAGAGAAACCCAAGCCACCACCAACCCCAGUUUACGUGAAGCCACCCCAUGUGGAGAAACCCAAGCCACCACCAACCCCAGUUUACGUGAAGCCUCCCCAUGUAGAGAAGCCAAAGCCACCACCAACUCCAGUUUACGUGAAGCCUCCCCAUGUAGAGAAGCCUAAGCCACCACCAACUCCAGUUUACGUAAAGCCUCCUCAUGUAGAGAAGCCAAAGCCACCACCAACCCCAAUUUACGUGAAGCCACCCCAUGUGGUGAAGCCUAAGCCACCACCAACCCCAGUUUAUGUGAAACCUCCCCCAAUGGAGAAGCCCAAGCCACCACCGAGCUACGGACGCAACCCUGGACACCCUCCGGUUUAUGGAAAACCCCCGAGUCCUAGCCACUAUUGA